GCUUCUGUGUUUGAAUUUUGUGUUUUGAGUCUCUAAAAAUCUGGGUUCAUUUCACCCUUUUUUGAAAAGGGGCUAGUUUAUAGUUUCUCUGUUUUUGAACAUCCAUGGGGGAUUGUGAAUCUAUGGCUCCACAAUUAGAAGGAGAAGAAAAUUUGAUUGCUGCCGCAAAACAUAUAGUGAGAGUUUUGGGCUCGAACAAGAAUCUCACCAAGGAUAUGAAAAAGAUAUUAGCAGAUCUCGGUAGCCAAUUAUCGAAUAUGGCUACGAUGGAGGAUGAAGUUGUUGUGGGUGUGAAAUCUGGGAUUGAAGAACAGUUGAGUGUCGUUGAGGAAAAGAUUAUGAGUUGGGAGACUGACGAGUCCAUGAUUUUUGAUUCGGGUCCCGAUGAAGCUUCCGAGUAUCUGAAUGCUACCGAAGAAGCUCGGAAGUUGAUCGGAGAAUUAGAGGAUCGGUGCUUGAACGGUGAAGAUGAGAAAGAGUUGUUGUGUAGGGCUCAUGAUGUUCUUCAGUUGGCGAUGCAAAGGCUUGAGGAGGAGUUUAUGUACUUGCUUGUUCAGCAUAGGCAACCGUUUGAGCCCGAGCAAGUUUCGUUCCGAUCCAGUGAGGAUGAUAGUGUCGAUGUGGGAUUGAUGGUUUCAUACGGGAAUGACUCUUUCGAGGAGUCGGCACGCAGAUAUAGCGUCAGCCGUUCGGAGGACUGUAUCGUCGAUUUGGUUCAUCCUGAUGUGAUUCAUGAUCUCAAAUGCAUUGCCAAUUCGAUGUUCCUGUCAAAUUACGAUAACGAGUGUUGCCAGGUAUAUGUAGCUGUUCGAAAGGACGCAUUGGACAAGUGCCUUUCCGAUCUUGAAAUCGAUAAACUUAGCAUUGAUGACGUGCUGAAGAUGGAGUGGGGUACCCUGAAUUCGAAAAUCAAGAGAUGGAUUCGAGCUAUGAAGGUAUUUGUCCGGCCCUAUCUCGCCAGCGAGAAGUGGCUCUGCGACCAGAUCUUUUUGGAGCUUGGAUCGGCUAGCUCAGUAUGUUUUGUUGGAGCGGCAAAGGCUCCAAUGCUGCAGCUUCUGAACUUUGCUGAGGCCGUCUCUAUCGGCUCUCAUCAACCGGAAAAGCUAGUUCGAUUUUUAGACAUGUAUGAGGUGCUUGCAGAUCUUCUUCCGGACAUUGAUGCAUUGUUCUUGGAUGAAACUGGUUCUUCCGUGGGAAUCGAGUACCACGAGGUUUUGGAGAGAUUGGCCGAUUCCGUGAUGGCAACGUUUCUUGAAUUCAAGAAUGCUGUAGCAUCGAACACAUCGAUGAACCCUUUUGCGGGAGGGGGAAAUCACCCCCUGACCAGAUAUGUUAUGAAUUACAUAAAGAUUCUUGUAGACUAUAAAGAUACACUAAAUUUACUCCUCAAGAACGACAACGGAGAAGCGGCAACGUCACUCUCCCCAGACAUGAGUCCUGCUAAGGAGGGCGAAAGUACGGGUAAUGAUUCUUGCGGCGGUGUUUCCGCAAUGGCACUGCAUUUGCAAUCACUCACUUCAAUCCUAGAAGCCAAUCUCCACGAGAAAUCCAGAUUAUACAGGGAUGCUUCAUUGCAGCACUUGUUUUUGAUGAACAACAUCCAUUACAUGGCUCAGAAGGUUAAAAAUUCGGAACUCCAGGGUAUAUUCGGAGACAAGUGGAUCCGAAAGCACAACCGGAAAUUCCAGCAGCACGCGAUGGACUAUGAGAGAGCAACCUGGAGUAGUAUUCUCUCGUUACUGAAAGACGAGAGCAAUUCCAGCAACAGCUCGAUCUCGAGGACGCUUCUCAAGGAGAGAUUGCGGAGCUUUUACAUUGCCUUUGAAGAUGUCUAUAAAACGCAGACGGCAUGGAUUAUCCCGGACCUUCAGCUCCGAGAAGAUCUACGGAUUUCAACGUCCCUGAAAGUGAUCCAGGCGUAUCGGACAUUUGUGGGAAGGCAAAUGCACCAGAUCGGUGAGAAACACAUCAGGUACAAUGCUGAAGAUCUGCAGGAUUACUUGUUGGAUCUGUUUGAGGGAUCUCAAAAAUCAUUGCAUAAUCCUCAUAGGAGGUGAAAACCUGAUACUCGGACUCGGGUGUUGGUGUCAAAUAAGGAUACGAUACUCGGACUCGGGUCAAAUACGGGUAUGAUGAGAUCUUUUAAUGUGGUUCCGUACACAUGGAGGAUCAUAUUUCCACGUACUUGGAAAGUAGUACACGUUAGGAAGGGGAUUUGUGUUGUAAUUUUUUUUAUUGGUUGUUGUCUUGGGUUUAAGGUUUCGAUUUGAUUAAUUCGGAUUGACCCACGUCGUACAUUUAACUUUGGUGGGUGAGUCUUUCAGUAAAGAUUUUAUGCAUACAUAAGGAUUCGAAUUUGAAAUCUUAUUUAAA